AUGGACAUGUCGACAUGCGGAACGACGAAAGGCUGCCUGUUUGCUCCACCGGAAUGUAAACCCUCAGCAGACUGCGGUAUCGUUUUCACGUAUAAGGUCGAUGGUAAAUAUUUGAACAUAGAAUUAACCGGCAAGGCUCCGUCUCCUAAUGGUUUUGUUGCCGUCGGAUUCUCAAAAGACGACCAGAUGGUCGGUAAUUUUGUUCACGGGUUGGUUGGAAAUACAGGAAUGAAAAUCCUUGAAUAA